AUGGUCCCGAAUAUAGCUCCGUUCGGACUAAAUUGCAAUUAUAAAAACCACACAUCUGACACCUGUAGGAAGAUUGUGACACAUUCGAAAAUCCAGUUUAAUUCUCAAUUAUCAUCAAAGCUUAAGGGUUUUGCGGAUAUGUUCGUUGUCAUCCUCGUCCUAGCUGCGCUUACCAUAGCGACAACAAUCCCAGCGGAACCACAACUAGAUGCAUACACUUGGCAUAUCGUUGAUUGGCAAGCAGGCAAAUCUCACGGUGAUCCUACCGCACCCGUCACCGGCUGGUACACCUUUAAUGUUACCGGGUUACUCUUCGGUGAGGGUUCGGCGCGAAUCCCCCCUUUCACGGCCCAUUGCGAAGGAAACGCGGAAGGGGACCCCAUAACCUCGAACAUUACGAGCUGUAUCUUGGAUGCGACUACCAGUCCACCGAAUGCCUCUGUGCUGUCGCAGGUUCUCCCGGUGAUAGAUUAUCAGGCUUACGUUGCUAUUAUCUAUUCUUUCUACCCCGAGGAAUCGCAGAAGAAACGGAAUUUCACGGUCAAUAUUGCAGAGGACUGGGCGGAGGACAGACCACCGCAUAAUUUUACCCUCGCCCCUUUUGAAAUUUCCUAGACAGAAUUAGGCUCUCUUGAUAGUCGGAACUAUAAAAUUUUACUAUUCCGCUAAGCGUGCACAGAACAUGGAUUCUUGACAGAACCAUGUUAAGACUCAUG